UCAUCAGUUCACUUCGUGCGGUCACACGCUUUUGGCCACUACUAGGCGCCCUUUUGAAUCUCGCGAAUAGAGUGCCUUGAUACCGCGUCGAUUUGUUCUACUAAAACAAUCCAGUCGGCAGUCGCAGGCCGAUUUUCGAACACUAAUGUUUGUCGCAAGAUGUCCAUAAUCUCCGUUUGCAUAUUUGUAAUUUUAUUCGGAAGACUCGGUGCGCGGCAAACAAAUCACAACAGUGUAAGUGGCGUGAAGCAGGCGUCCCAUAUCUCGACCUCAGAAGAAUACUACCGGCCUUCAUUGUUGAAAUCGAAUCACAUUUACAGAGGCAAUGAUUAUGAUGAUUAUAGCGGCGGGGUCGGCGAGCCGCGCACGCCGAUGCAGUUUUGGUAUCCCGCCCCGCCAUACACCGAUGCGCAAACGCCGGUCAAAGUCUACAAACCCAGAGAAGACCCCCGCCUCUACUAUCAGUCUGAUGAGUAUCUUAAAGAAGUUCUGGGCAAAAACAUAAACCAUGAAGUCACGAAAAUUUAUCCCGGAAGAGAAGUUGUGAGAAUGGAUGAGGCACAUCUGAUGCGACCGGUACCAAUUCGACGUUUGAGAAGCAGACACGACAAUCGAGAUUUCGCAGAAUACAAGCACUGCAUAAAAUGUCCUCGUGAUAGAACGGUAGUUGCUAAAGCGGGCUUUGACCGCGUCAUACUGCAGGCACCACGCUUACUGUCGUGUUCAGGUCGUAGAGCACCUAAAAAUAUACGGUUCCAGCAUUACUUCGGUCCUAAAUUUGGUACAUUACUCGAGGAAGGCUCCUAUUCGGUAGUCGGGCGAAUAGUGAACAGAAAUGAGAAACUGCAAAUGUGCAAAUUUAAAGUACACGUGGUAGUUCAAACUUGCAAAACACCGGAAUCGUUAAUCACACAGUGCAAUGGACUCAAUCAACCUUGCAACUUCAGAUGUCGAGACGAUAAAAUGGAAUUAAUUGGUGCAACGUCACUGAUAUGUGGCGAUGACUUACAGUGGGACGACACACUUCCAACUUGUAGAGUUCGAAACUGGUGUAUAUCUCCGGCGCCGCCUGAACAUGGUCGCAUCAGCUGCAUAGGCCACCAGGCAGGAAAAUCGCACGAGGGUUUAGCUGAAGGAUCGAGGUGCCGUGUUCGCUGCGAUCGCGGCUGGCAGGCGAACCUACGAAUCGUAGCAUUUUGUCGCCGAGGAAAUUGGACUCGAGCUCUCGAGUGCGAUUCAAAUAAUAGCACGCAAAGAUAAAGUAAUAAUAAAAUGGGGGAUCAUCAAAUUUUAAACCGAUGUUCGAUUAAAUUGUAAUCAAACUUCGGUAUUGUUGCUGAGUGCAAAGCUGAAUAUGAAUUCAGAGCAAGAUUGUCACUGUUGCCAUGAAGUAGGUUCUAGUUUGAAAACGAAUACGGAAAUUAAAGAAUACUUUUGUAAUCAGUAUGGAAGAUAAAACUAACUUAUUAAGUAUAUGUACGUGGAGCUUUUUAAUUAUGAAGUGUAUGUUCUUAAAUAUAACAGCGCCAUAUAAUGUAUAGAUUAGAUUUCACGAAGUGUUAACUAAACACGGGAAUAGGACAAUGCAAUUUAAAUCUAUUAAUAGAUGUAUUCCAGUUAUUGGAAUUGUUAAUAUUUAUAUGAUUUCGCGUAUUUUCUAGAACACGAUAAGACAAGGCAGGUAUUUAAAAACUCAUAGGAGUAAAUAUCUUCUCAUCUAUUAGACGAUCUGACAUAAUAAAAUCAGAUAUAGAAGUCUAUAUUUUCUUCUUGGGCCAGCCGCUCAUCUAGGCUCUAUGAUCUAAGAGGGUCACUACCAUUCCUUGCUAUAUACAUAUAAUAUAAUAUGCAAUACACUAAAUAUAAUAUUUUGUAAAUGAAUUAUGAAAAUAAAUACAAUAGA